AUGGCUUUGGUUGAGCCAGAAAAAGCGUAUAAUGAAUUAACUAUUCGAAUAAAAGGGAGAGGAGUAGAGAAGAGGGUUAAAAACAAAAAAGAUUACAUUAUCGGCUCACAAAUUAAAUCAAAAAGAUAUUUAGCAAGAAGUGACUUAAUUAUUAUGUCGAAAAUAGAUGCUCGAAAUGGAGCCAUUGGAGUAAUUCCCAAAAACUUAAAUAAUUCUUUGAUUAGUAGCACAUUUUUACUUUUUGAAAUUAAAGAGGAAUUUAGUUAUUUAAGCCCUUAUUUUUUGCAUAUAUUCCCUAAUGAUAAAAUGACAAUAAGAAAAAAAAGUGAUACAAAUUUAAAAAGUGAAAAAAAACUUAUUUCCAAUUGUGAUUAUGGUGCCUGCCGGCAUAACAAUUCGCAAUUUUCUUAUGAAAAAAAAGUUGAAGAAAUGGAAGAAGAGGCUGCUAAAUAUGUAGGAGAACUUUAUGAUGGACUUAAAAUUGUGCCUCCAGGUCAAAAGAAAGCACAAGGGGCAAAAAAAGGCCAGUUCGUGGACUUUGCAUUAGUUGAAUUACAGAAUUAUUUACUCAAACUUUACGAAUCUGAAGAAGUUAGUGAACGAGAAAAGCAAGUGUUUAAGAAAAAAAUAGCACAAAAGUUCUCAAAAAGUUUACUGGCCGCAGAGUUGGAGAAAUUAGAGAAA